AUGGACGAUGACGACAUUCUCGAGGUCGACAGCCCCAUGGAGCCCGCUGUCGACAUCGACGAGGACGAAGAUGAGGAAAUGCCCGUCUUGAAUCUCGACGGAACCAUCACAGAGCGAAGCCCGCAGGCCAAGAAGAACAAGGGCGAGAACAGGAAUCUACUUCUCGACUAUCCAAACAGCUUGCCAUACACCUGCGAGACGCUCGAAGAGUUCGACGCUCGUCUCGACCACAUCAUUCGCCGCCUCGUCGAUUGCAUACGCACCAAGGACUACGACAUUGGCCUCAUCCAAUGGAACCACCGGCUGCAAUGUCUUCUCUCCCUCAAAUACCCCAUCGUGCGCAAGACACGAGCGAGGCUGGCUCGGCUCUACUACGAGCUCGCCGUCCUCCCCGGUCUCACCACACGAUGUGUCGAGCUGGCUGCCAACAUGUGCAUCACCCUCAUUGAGAACAAGAAGAAGUGCGACAUCAGAGACCUGGUCCUGCCAUGGCGACCGCUCUACAACAUCCUUGAAAAGGAGCUCUUCCCCAAACGCAGAAGAACGGGUCUCACCAACAUUGCCGACGUCCUUCUCGACCUCGCAGAAACAGCACAGCGUUUCUUCCCAGCUAGCGAGGCCGACGAGAUGCUGCGCACCUUCCUGCCCAAGAUGGACGGCUCCAAUCUCAACUCAGUCAUCGCAACUCAAGCCUUCCUCGUGCACUUUCUUCCCAUCAGCCACCCGCAACGAUGGCUUCCCACCAUGUUCCGUCUUUGGGAAAGUUUCAACUCGUCCCUCUUCGAUGAUCAGAUGCUGGACCUGCUCGCUCGCAUGGCCGAAAUGCACGUCACGGAUCCUUCCAUCAGCUCAGCAUCGUCCGCACGCAAGGCUGGCUCCCUAGCCGAGGCAACAGUACGACCAGAAGUACAGAACCCUGAAGCCAACCCUGCUUCAAAGGCGGAUGGCGACGCACGAAUGAACGAGGACGCAUCGCUACGGAUUCCGGAAAACGCAGACUCGACGCCCUCGUCAGGCACGACCAGUCCAUCGAGCAAGGCCGGACUCUUCAGCGACAUCGGCAUCUUCACAGAGCAGCAAUAUUCGCUCAUCAUGACCAAGUGUCUGAAAUCGGCUGGGCUGCCAGUGGGCUCCUCCAAAGCAGCGAAUGCCGCACUCAUGGCGCAAUCCGCUAGCGUCCGCAGCGGUCCGGACGCUGCGGCAUCGAACUCGACGCUCAAGAUGAAGAAGCCGACCGAUCGUCUCCGCUCCUUUGCUGUCAUCAUCGCCUACUCGAUCGCGAAGGACGGACCGAGUGCCGGCGAGUCAGCAUCAGCUUCCUACAUCCCGACUCCCACCAACGGCUCUUCACCAAGCAAGCCCCUCACGACGUACCCUGCAGGAUCCAAGGCGCUUGACCAUCUCGCCAAGUUCGUUCAGGCCACCGAGAGCUACUUCCAUCCUUCCAAUUGGGGUAUGUGGCAGAUGUCACUCUCCAACUUGGUCCAGCAGAUCAUGUUCGAGUUCCUCAAGCGCGCCAAGGAGGAGGAAAGGCCGCAGUGCAAGACCUCAGAACAGUAUCGCUUGACGUCCGAGAUUAAGACAGAGAUCGUCUCAAUCCUGCGCACUGUCUGUCUGCUCUCCAUGUUUUCCAAGGACCCGAUCACUAUCGCAGCAUCGCAAGCCAGCUUGAAGAGGAUGGCAAUCUUGGCGCCGGAGAUGGUGUUCCCAGCCGUGCUCGAUCGGGCCUUCAACUCGCUCGAGGCGCUCGAGACCACACACCGCACCAACGCGGUCAUCACGGCACUGUCGACGCUGUCGCCCGUCUUCACUUCUCGUCAGCUCUACCGUGCUGGUGGUAAACAUCUGCUGCCGCUGCUGCAGCUCUGCAUUCCAGGCAUCGACCUCAACGACCCCAUGAAGACCAUGAGCACCUGCAUGUUCGUGCUCUUGUCAACACUCUCUAUCCGCAUCGACGAUUUGACCAGGCCAGAAGUCUAUGCCGACGACGAAGAAGCAUUCGAGGCGCUUCCGGACCAACCAAAGUUGCGAGUGGAUGCUCCUGAGCCUUCUGCACUCACCGACGAGGACAUGAUGUCCGCAUCGCCGGAGCAAGAGGACUACCAACUGCGCAUCAGCACCGCCGACUUUGACGCCUGGGUGUCGGCCUUCUUCCAGAGGGUCUUGUCGCUCUUCGAGACGUUGCCGGAGGAAGGCAAGGGAGGCCGCACAGGCGGCAAGUCCGAGGAACAGGUCAUCAACAUGAUCAUGGCUGCAUCUGAUGGCGUCUGUCGAGCUAUGAGCCCGUAUCUGCUGCAGAGAUCUUUCGACAAGAUCGCAGACUACUGUGCUACCACUGUCUCAGCCACGUCGGUCCGCGUCAUCGGCUCGCUGGUCGGCUGCUUUGCGCGUGCCGACUGCAAGAUGGUGCUCAAACGCUUGGUGCCGCAAUGCAUCAGAAACAUCCGGACCGAGAUCGAGAGUGGUGCCAGCUCGACUCGCACUACCAGCACGAGUCUCCCCGCGCAGGGUGACGCCGCGCUGCACUGGAACCUCAGCGUGCUGACGGGGGCUCUCAACGGACCCAGCGAGCACCUGCUGGAGUACAAGGACGACUUGAUCUCCGUGCUGCAGCUCAUCACGGAGCACUGCAAGAGCGAGAGGGGCUACUCGUUCGGCACCAAGCUGGUGCAGAAGAUCAUCUCGUCAUUGACAUCCAUCUAUCCAAGGGAGCAGCGCUUUGUCAACCAAGACACGUGGGAGAGCGAGGCCUUUGCCAAGCGCUCUCAUCUCUUUUGGGGCAAGGUGUACGACGAGAAGAGCGUCAAGAUCAAUUGGCAUGUGCCCGUGGAGGCCGAGAUCAGCAUGGCCUUGGAACUCCUCGACCGCGUCGUAGUCCCAGCACUAGACAAAGUUGAAGCGCUUCAAGCAGAUGGUCUCACGAGGGACAAGGCAUGGUCGAACGACUUUUGUCGCUAUCUUAUGGUGGUCCGUAUGGCUCUCAUCGGGAUGCCCAGCCUUAUCGAAGAGGACGAGGUUGGAGGCGGAGAGCUGGCCAUGGACCUUGGCGAUGAGGUCCCAGAGUUCAUCGAGGUUCCUCCCCGCUUCCGUUCGCACUUCUGCCUUACGGACCGCCAGGAUCCUCGAUACCAGAAGGUGGCUGCUCUCAAGCUGCGUUGUGGAGAGAUCCUGAACCUCGCGGCCCGAAGCACGCAGACAUCUGGUGCAGAGGAUCAGAUUGACUGCGUCAAGAUCCUGGUCCGCACCAUCCGCACGUACCUCACCUGCUACAGCUACAAUGGCGAGGACUACAAAGCCCACAUGCGCUCGCUCAGCUUCUUCCGCAAUAUCGCCAAGCUUUACGCCAAGCAGAAGGCCUUCCCUCGCGUGCUCUUCAUCCGCCGCGCUGCAUUCUACAACACCAGCCGAGCGAGGCUCAACAGCUUCCACCGAAAGCGUACGCCCUUGAAGGACCAGCUCAUCCUGCAGAUUCUCGAUUUCUGCAUGUCCAACUACGUCGGCAUCAGACAGACAGCGCAGAACACGCUCGACGCCAUUGGCGGCGUGUACGACGGCACCUGGAUCCUGUGCUUGCCCAAGCUCUUGGAGGCCAUGAAGCCGGGUGUGCCGGACGACAAGAUGAAGGGUGCCUUGUACGUGCUCGGCAGCAAGGGCGCUUCGUACCUCUGCAUCACGGACGCUCGCUUCAGUUCAGAGUACAUCAUGACCCUGCUCGACGCACAGCAUCACUCAAAGCCGUCCAUCCAGAAGCUCGUGCGUGGCAUCAUCAACGACUUUAUCAUUCGGUUCGCCGAGCCCUCAACGCUGACGGCCAAGGUCGACUCGCCCGCGCUCAACGAAGCAGCAGAUAUUCUGGAACGAGCGCUGCCCGCCUACCUGCAGACUCCCGAUGCCAAGCUCAUCGAAGCGGUUGCCGCCAAGCGACGUCUCCGCCUAGAUAGAAUCGACGGCCUGCAUCAAGAGCUGACACGCAAGGCAUUGGAAUUUGCCAAGAAAGAAACUACGCACUGGGCCUUCUCCAUCUUCGCGGCAAGGCUGCUCAGGGCGCUGGUGCGCAAGGACAGGCCUCAAGUCGAAGACUCGGCGACGUACCUGGCAGAGCAGAUGAUCUCUGAGAACCCCAAGAUGCGCCACUGUGCCCAAGCCGCCGUCACCAAGAUCCUCUACUACGUCAAACUGCGUACGCUCGCGCCUACCGACGAGGAUCUUUUGCUCGGUCAGGGCAAGAACCCGCUCAAGCAUUCCGAGAAGCUGCCAACUCCCGUAUCGAAUGAGUGGACUCAGGAGUACAUUGCAUCAUUCGCCGAGCCCUUGACGCCGAGCAGCAAGCUGCGAGACAAGCCAUCGCAGGGAUGGCUGGUCUGGGGCGAGGACGAGGACUUCUACGAUCCACCUCCCGCUGACGGCGUCGUCUUCGACUGGGACGCCAACUCCGCGUCCUGCAUCGCUGCGGUGCGCUCUACGCUCAUGCAGGAGGCUUGGUGGCAGUCCUUCUCUCGUCACCUGUCGCAGGAGAAGGAUCGAGACUACCCCGGAAGCGAUUCGGUCACCUUGCUCAAGUCGAUCUUCCAGAUCUUUGGUGUCGAACUGCUGCCCUUCAUCCAGACCACUGUGGAGCAGUACAUCGCCGAGAAGGACCGACACCGUCAUCGCGCCGCCUCAGAGCUGGUCUGCGGUGUCUACCGUGGCUCGAAGCACUGGAACAUGAAGGACCAGGCGACGCUGUGGGCGUGGCUCGAGACUUUGCUGCCCAAGAUCUUCGAAGGCUGCACGCCCGACAGCCAGCCCGCGUGGCAGUCGUGCAUCGAGUACAUGCUUCAAGCUCGUGAUCCACGUCGAGCGCUCCCGCUUGUGCGGUACAUCGUGCAGGCGGCUCGCGACAACAUCGGCAAAGACAACAGCACCGCCAGCCCGUGGGAGCAGGCCAAAGCGCAGAACCUGCUGCGCGGGGCGAUGAUCUCGAUGAACCUGCAGUUCGCGCCGUUCGGUGCGGACGACUUCAUCCGCAUCUACUCGGACAACUUUGACAACCACUUCCAGGAGGUGCGCAGCGUCAUCAGCGAGGGUCUGGCGGACCUGGAGCUUCUGCAGGUGAAUCCGUCGUUCGGCAGCGUUGAGCUGAUGCUAGAUGCAUGUAGUACAGGGCACGGGUCGUUGCUGUCGCGUCCGGAGCUGUACAGUGAUCGACUGGCGACGCUCUCAAAGCAGCUAGCUGCGUGGCGAGCGGAGCGGAAGCCCACCGCCGAGGGCACAUCGCAGUACGACCGAGCGGCGAUGACGGCGCUCCUGUGGAUCUCGACAACCAUGGGUGACCACCGCAACAGCGCGCUGGCGGGCGAAGUGAUCCGCUACAUCCCGGACAUCUUUGCGAUGCUCGAGCUGCACGACAACAAGGAACUCUCGAUCCUCGCCCGUGCGGUGCUCACCAAGAUCUCGACCUACCCGUUCACCUCGGAGUACGCCGCGCGCCUCAUCGAUACGCUGCUACAGGUGACACGUUCGUCGACCGACUCGUGGCGCGCCCGACUCGACUCGCUACCCGUACUGCAGGUCAUCUACUUCCAGAACCUGUUCUACCUGGAUGAUGCGUUGGUGGGUUCGAUUGUCGAUCUGCUGCUCGAGCUGCUCAGCGAUCGACAUCUGGAGGUGCGCGAGAUGGCCGCAACGACGCUCUCUGGCAUCGUGCGCUGCUCCCAACGUCGACUGAUAAAGACGCUCAAGGACCGCUUCACCCGCGUAGUUGCCGGCACCAGAGUGCCCAAGCGCGGAGAGAAGGAGUACGAUGCCCAGCUGUUGAAGCUCCAUUCCGGCAUUCUGGGGGCUAGUGCACUGCUCGCAGCUUUCCCGUACGACGUGCCGGAUUGGAUGCCCAGUUUGAUCGUCGACACGGUCGCCCAGCACACGGACGAUCCGGUGCCGAUCAGCACGACGGUAAGAAAGUGCGCGGCGGAUUUCAAGAGGACCCAUCAGGAUACGUGGUCCGAGGACGCCAAGAAGUUCGGCGACCGAUUGGGCGAGGUCAAUGACUUUACGUUGGGUCGGUCGGAUUACUUUGCUUAG